CUGGAAACCCAAGCCACCUGCAAUAUUAACAGUGGCCUGCGUUGCAGGGCCGUCGUAAGCAACAUUCUUCUCAACAUCGAGAAAACAGUUUAAGAUUACACUGAAAGGGUUGUUGUGUGCAACUAACCAUGCAAUCUUAUACAGGCCUACCGAGAAGUGAGCCCCACUGAAGUGCGUAUAGGACUGCAAACUCAGCCUGACCCCAAAUAUGCAGAAUUGAGAACGGACCACACCGCAGGGUUGUCGUAAAUCAUACCGGCAGCCUCCAGCACCAAAUGCAUUGGCAAAAAUAUUUAAAGACUAAAAACAAAAAUAUUGGUUUCACGCAGUUAGACCAUGAUGAACUCCUUUCUUUGCUACUAGCUUCUGGACACGCCGCUGCCUAAUCACAGUUUCGACAAAAUCCCCGAUUUCUCCACUGACAUCUAUGGACUGAAGCCAUUCAACAGAUUACAGGUCAUAGUACAGCACUUAAGUAUGUCCAAGACUAUGGGUCCUUCUGACGAGGUUCUCUUGGAAAAAAGAGGGUGUGCUGGUGUUAUAACCAUGAACAGACCAAAGGCUCUGAAUGCUUUAAAUCUGCCCAUGAUUCAACAGAUACAUCCACAACUGAAGAAAUGGGAGCAGGACCCUGACACUUUUCUAAUAAUAAUAAAGGGAGCUGGAGACAAAGCUUUCUGUGCAGGAGGUGAUAUCAGAGCUAUUACUGAAGCAGGAAGAACUGGAGACAGAUUGGCACAAGAUUUUUUCAGAGAAGAAUACAUCUUGAACAAUGCCAUUGGUACCUGUCAGAAACCAUAUGUGGCGCUUAUUGAUGGAAUUACAAUGGGAGGCGGUGUUGGUGUUUCUGUUCAUGGGCAUUUCAGAGUUGCUACAGAGAAGACUCUUUUUGCAAUGCCGGAAACAGCCAUAGGUCUUUUCCCUGACGUAGGUGGAGGCUACUUCUUGCCAAGGCUGUCAGGGAAGUUGGGAUACUUUCUUGCCCUGACUGGAUUCAGGUUGAAAGGAAAAGAUGUGCAGAAAGCGGGAAUUGCAACUCACUACGUAGAAGCAGAGAAGAUGGCUGCCCUAGAAAAAGAUUUAACAGAAUUAAAGUCCCCUUCUAAGGAAAAUGUUGCAGAUGUGCUGGACUCGUAUCAUAACAAGUGCAAACUUGAUCAAGAAAAAGACUUCAUCCUUGGUGGACACAUGGACAAGAUUAACGGUCUAUUUUCAGCAAACAGCAUAGAAGAAAUCAUUCAAAAACUGAAAAAGGAUGGCUCUCCUUUUGCACUUAAGCAGCUGGAGACAAUUACUAAAAUGUCUCCAACGUCUUUAAAGAUGACCUUCAGGCAGCUUAGAGAAGGAGCUUCCCUAAGCCUGCAAGAUGUGCUCACCAUGGAGUACAGGCUGAGCCAAGCGUGCAUGCGAGGCCAUGACUUCUAUGAAGGUGUCCGAGCAGUGAUUAUUGACAAAGACCAGUCCCCAAAGUGGAAGCCAGCAGCUCUAGAAGAAAUAACAGAUGAAUGUUUGGACUUGUGCUUUAAGUCUCUUGGAAGUGGUGAUCUCAAGUUACAAUAGAUUUGGAUUACUGCCAGCCUAAAUCUGUUUUAAUUCUAGUUUUUGUUUAACACGACUAAUGAAUAAUUGUGAAUUCGGCAUCUAUGGGGUAACUGGCAUUGAGUGAAAUGUUUGUUGCUGUUAUGUAAUAAAGUGCACUUAGUUUUUGGAGUUAA